AUGGAAAGAGCUUGUUGGAAUGCUCAAAUCCUGAAUGUUAUAUUGAUAAAGGUUUGUAAUAAUAGGGCUAAAAAAGGAGACAAGGUUUUAGAUUUAAAUGCUGGUUGCGGUACUUGUGAUGGAAAUAAAAUAGACAAAUCUUGUAUAGAUUGUAGCGGCUUCAAAUGCAAUUCUAGAAAUAAACUAGAAGAAAAUGUAUUUUGUUAUGAAAGAGGGGAGAAUGAUAAGGAGAGGGAAGGCUCCAGACCUUGCGUUGAAAAAACUUGCUUUAUCUCUAGAGAUCUCUUAAAAGGUAUGUACAUCCCCCGUUCUAAAUGUAACUUACUAAAAUAUUUUGACAUUUCAGGAGAAACAGAAGAAAUCUCAAUGAAAAAAUACACUAAACAAGGAUGUUGGAAAUGUAAUUCAACUAGCAUUCCAUGCCGCUUAUGUAACACAACUCUUUGCAAUACAGAAAAGUUUUUCAACCAAGUGAACUAUUGCUGGGGCAAAGGAAAUUUUGUUGAGCAAUGUGAUAAGAGUAAAUAUGGUCUUAAUUGCUAUUAUGCUUCAGACUUUGAUAAUAAAGGUAGAUAA